CGAAUCGAUUAUGUUAUUUUAUAUUUAAAUUAUUCGAACUUGCUCUGUGUUUUAUUACAAUCAAAUCUAAUCUGUGGCUUUAAGUUUUGCCAAGUUCUGCGAAACGAAAAGGUUUUAGGUUUUGCUUUUUAAUUCUUCUAGUUUAUCCUUUACAAUGACAGCCUUUGAGGAAUUCGGUGUGCUACCCGAGUUGGGGAAAGCUAUUGAAGAAAUGGAUUGGAAUUUGCCGACUGACGUUCAAGCCGAAGCUAUCCCACUCAUUUUAGGUGGCGGAGAUGUUCUUAUGGCAGCUGAAACCGGCAGCGGAAAGACUGGUGCUUUCUGUUUACCGAUAUUACAGAUCGUUUGGGAGACAUUGAAGGAUAUACAGGAAGGGAAGACUGGUAGAGUAAUAGCGCAAACUUCUUCUGAAUGGACUAUGUCAUUUUUUGACCGGACUGAUGCUUUGGCAGUCACCCCUGAUGGGACAAGGUGCCAAUCUCGUGACCAGCAGGGUUGGCACGGGUGUAGAGCUACGAAAGGUGUACAUACAAAAGGAAGUUAUUAUUAUGAAGCUACUGUUACUGAUGAAGGAUUGUGUCGAGUCGGCUGGUCCACACAAGCAGCAAGACUAGAUCUUGGCACUGAUAGGUUGGGCUUUGGUUUUGGUGGCACUGGCAAGAAGUCCAAUGCAAAACAGUUUGAUGACUAUGGCUCUGCUUAUGGCAAGAAUGAUGUGAUUGGUUGUCUAUUAAAUUUGAAUCAAGGUGAAAUCAGAUACACUAAGAAUGGAGAAGAUCUAGGAGUAGCAUUCAAACUUGAUCAAUCACGAAAAUCAGACUGUUACUUCCCUGCAGUUGUACUCAAAAAUGCUGAGAUGAGUUUUAAUUUUGGUGCUAUGCCUUUUAAAUUUUCACCACCAAAGGAUUAUGUGGCAGUCAAUCAAGCACCCAAAGAAUUUGUGAAGAACAAUGUAGUGUCAGCUACUGCUAUUGCAGAGAGCAAACCUGUUAAUAAUGCACCACAAGCCAUUAUAAUUGAGCCAUCUCGUGAAUUAGCAGAACAAACAUGCACACAAAUAACAAAAUUUAGGAAAUACUUAGAGAACCCUAGAGUACGAGAACUUCUUGUAGUGGGUGGGAUUAAUGUCAAAGACCAAAUCAACCAACUUAAUGCAGGAGUGGACAUCGUAGUGGGGACACCAGGCCGUCUUGAAGAUCUUAUCCAAGGAGGUUAUUUAGCAUUGACACACUGUCGAUUUUUUGUACUGGAUGAAGCUGACGGCCUGCUAAAAGCGGGCUACGGCGAGCUGAUUGAACGACUCCACCGCCAAAUUCCAAAGAUAACGUCCGACGGCCGCCGACUACAGAUGGUAGUCUGUUCCGCGACUCUUCACGCCUUUGAAGUGAAAAAAAUGGCGGAGAAACUAAUGCAUUUCCCCACGUGGGUGGAUCUGAAGGGCGAAGAUGCUGUUCCUGAGACAGUACAUCAUGUCGUCGCGUUGAUCGAUCCCCAGAAGGAUCGCCUUUGGGAGACAUUGCGAAAGCACGUGCAAACCGACAGCGUGCACGCCAAUGACAACAUUCGCAGUGGAAACACGACGCCAGAAACAUUGUCAGAAGCUGUGAAAAUAUUGAAGGGAGAGUAUUGCCUCCGUGCCAUUAAGGAACACAAAAUGGACAGAGCGAUUAUAUUCUGCCGGACAAAAUUGGACUGUGACAACAUGGAGCGUUACUUAAAAUCGUACGGCAACGAGUUUACCUGCGUGUGUCUGCACGGUGACCGUAAGCCGGCCGAACGGAAGGCGAACCUCGAAAAAUUCAAGCAGGGUCAAGUGAAGUUCCUUAUCUGCACAGACGUUGCUGCUAGGGGCAUCGAUAUAUCUGGAUUGCCUUUUAUGAUCAAUGUAACUCUGCCUGAUGAGAAAUCGAAUUACGUGCACAGAAUCGGUCGUGUCGGUCGUGCUGAACGUAUGGGUCUCGCCAUCAGUCUAGUGUCCACAGUACCAGAGAAGGUAUGGUACCACGGUGAAUGGUGUUCAUCGCGAGGCCGCAACUGCUGGAACACUAAUUUGAUUGACGAUAGGCCCAAAGGCUGCUGUAUGUGGUACAAUGAGCCACAGUAUUUAGCGGACAUUGAGGAUCACUUGAAUAUCACUAUUCAACAAGUAGAAAGUGACUUAAAAGUCCCCUGUAAUGAAUUUGAUGGAAAAGUUGUUUAUGGACAGAAGAGGAAACAAGUCGGAACUGGAUAUCAGGAUCAUGUAUCUCAAAUGGCUCCAGUAGUGCGCUCAUUGAAAGAGUUGGAAUCUCAAGCCCAGCUAUACUAUUUCAAAAUGCAUCAUAAUGUUACUAUUGCGUAGAUGUUCAUGAUUGCGCAAAUGUCAUCAUCUUACCUCCCUCCUUAUACUUCGUACUGUAUUUGAAAAUGCUUACUAAUUAUUUAAUGUAAUAACUUAAUAAAUAUUUAAUAUUCUUUA